AUGUCCAAAUCAGCCCUCACGCUGAUAAACAUUGCGGAAACCGCAAAAUUCUACACGUCGUUAUGCCUGGGAACCACCGCAUUUGUAUCAGUGUUCGCAUUUCUCUUCCUUAUACCAUUUGUGGUGGACCCAGCCAUCAACAGCCUUUUGGCAAAUUAUGACCCACGACCAGUCACUUGCGUAGCAACGACUCACGUGUACGCUGAAGGUAUUUCUAAUUGUUCUUGGUCAUCUUGUAGAGAAGGUUGUACGAGGGAAGCUACCAGAUGUCACCAGAUUUAUGUCAAUUACAGCAAAGUACCUUUCAGCCAGUACAAAAAUCAGAAAUUGCAUUGGGACGUCUCGGACACCCGAUUUUUAAUUAACACUGAAGGCUGUGGGUAUCCGCCCUCAGUAAAUUGCUCCCAAUUCGCCAAGCAGUACGGCUAUGGGACUGCAGGCACUGCUUUUCCUUGCUACUAUAGUAGAGUCUAUUCGGAGAUGGUGGUAUCGCGAUACUCCUGGGACGACACUUUGCGGCAUCUCGUACUUUCUUUAGCGAUUCCCAACUUACUUUUUGUAGCGUCUGUAGGAGUGUUGAGCUACUGGUACUGUCCGGGCUGUGGUCGAUCUUGCCAGAAAUACAUGUAUCAUUUUCCUGAAGAAUAG